CGGUCACCAUGAGAGUCCCUCUGUUGCAGUCGGCCUUGGUCCUGCUGCUUCUUCAGACGCUCCCGUCUUCAGAAGCGCUUGACGAGCUUUACGUCUCCACAACAGCCGGGAAAGUCAGAGGGGUGCAACUUCCUGUGCCCGAUGGAUCGGCAUCAGGAUCUGUCGUGGCCUUCCUAGGGAUACCCUAUGCUAGACCACCCAUAGGCAAACUUCGAUUCAAGCCACCAAGGGCACCUGAGCCAUGGACGGGGGUGCGUGAUGCUACACGGUUUGCAAACACUUGUUACCAGGCUGUAGAUGAGAUGUUUCCAGGGUUUCCUGGAUCGGAAAUGUGGAACCCCAAUACAGUCCUGAGUGAGGACUGCUUGUACCUGAACGUGUGGGUCCCCUCGCCCAGACCGCGGCAACCUGCACCGGUGAUGGUGUGGAUUUACGGGGGAGGGUUUCAAACUGGCACCGCCUCACUGGACGUGUACAACGGGCGCUUCCUCAGUCACUCAGAGGGCGUGGUGGUGGUGUCCAUGAACUAUAGAGUCGGGGCCCUUGGGUUUCUGGCACUUCCAAAUAGUGACAUCAAGGGAAACGCUGGACUGUUAGAUCAAAGGCGUGCUUUGCAGUGGGUCAAGGACAACAUUGAAGCGUUCGGAGGCAAUGCCUCCUCUGUUACCCUGUUUGGAGAGAGCGCAGGGUCCGGAUCUGUGGGCUUCCACCUUCUGUCAGCCGGUAGCCAUCCCUUCUUUUCACGUGCCAUCCUGCAGAGUGGGGCACCCAACGCAGUAUGGGGAGCCGUCCCCGCCACAGUGGCCUGGAACAAUUCCUUCGCUCUGGCCAAGUUGUUGCGCUGUGCCGACGAGGAGAGUCCAGUCAGCGAGGUGGAAGCUUGUCUCCAGAAGGCCGACGCCAAAGAGAUCAUUAGCCUCCAGUAUGGAGUCGUUAGCGAUUCCACCAUCUCGUUGCCGUUUGUCCCCAAUGUUGACGGGGACUUUCUGACCGACAUGCCGGAAGUCUUGCUGAAGACGGGACAGUUUCUCAAAACCGACAUCCUGACGGGGGUUAACAAAGAUGAGGGUUCCUUCUUUCUCCUCUACGGAAGUCCAGGUUUCAGCCUGGAGGGGGAGAGCCUCAUCAGCAGGGACCAGUUCCAGUUGGGUGUGGCCAGGACUCUGCCGAGGUACAGCGAGCUGGCGCAGCAGGCCGCGACCUUCAUGUACACAGACUGGACGGAUGAGAACGACGGGCAGAAAAACAGGGACGGCCUGAGCAGCCUUACCGGGGAUUAUUAUUUUGUCUGCCCUUUGCUGGACUUCACGCUCAAGUACACACUGGGAGGAGGCAAAGCUCGACAGUUCCUGUUCGACCAUCGGUCCACGGUGAACGCAUGGCCGAAAUGGAUGGGUGUCAUGCAUGGGUAUGAGAUCGAGUUUGUCUUUGGUCUGCCGCUCAACGCCAGUCUGGGCUACACCAAAGAAGAGGUGAAGAUGAGCAAAAAGUUCAUGAGACACUGGGCUAACUUUGCCAGAACUGGGGACCCUAGCCUAGAGGGCACAGCGUGGCCUCCAUUCACUCCAGACCAGCGGGAGUAUGUCACCCUCAACGCUGAUGCCCCGCAGACACACCGGAAGUUGCGGGCCCAGCAAUGCAAGUUCUGGGACAACUUUCUACCAAAACUACAGGGAUUCACAGUGGGUAUUGAUGAAGUGGAACUCCAGUGGAAGACCCAGUUCCACCGCUGGCUUUCUUACAUGCUGGACUGGAGGAAUCAAUUUAACGACUACGGCACUGUCAAAAAGCAGCGGUGUGAGGAGCCCCGGCUAGAAGAGUUGUGAAAAUCUUUUCCACCGUCGCCAGCCAGCCAGCGCACUUACUGUACCGGUAAUACACUCGAGAUAUAGCCAUAAAAACUGCAAUGCACUGAAAAGCCAAAAUGUCAUUUUGGAGACGUUUUGGCUGAUGCAGUGUCUCUCCUGCUUAUCCGAAAUCCCUCAAUAUAGGCUACUGCAUAUCCUCAGUGUAUUUGACUCACAGUGGUACAUAUGCGGCGUUCUCACUUGUGUAAUCAAUGGAUAUAGGUACUGUCUAAUCAGCCUCAUACUUACAUUUUAUGUACAGUAUACAGGCCUGCUGUAUGAUCUACGUGAGUUUUAUUGUGUGAGGUGUUAAGCUGUGUUAAGUUUUUAUUGUGCCAAAACACCAGAUGGCCACUGUAUGUAGUGACAUUUUAAUAUGCAUAUCAUUGGUUGAUCCUUUCAUGUGUAGCAAGGUAUUACAUACUGUAUGUGCUGUAUUAUAUUGUCUGUCCCCUGCAUAGUUUUAUUUUAUGAGGUGUUAUAGUAGCUACUUGAUGGAGGCUAUAGGUGUUGCCAAAGUAGGCUACAUUAAAGGUGAAAUCCAGGAUGUCUUGUGGGAUUUUUUCCCCUACCCACAGUGCUACUUUGGACUCUCCACCAUGCUCUCUGCCACAGUCUGGAGCAGUGGCUACCAAACUUUUUCAGCAGGACUUUUGACUUAUUUUUUGGACUUACCCCUUUUUGGAUAGGAUAUUUUCGCGACCCCCCCUACCAACCACCCUAGUCUCAGCCAAGCAAUGGAUUUCUACUAAUAUUAGCGGACUGGGUGUAAGCCUUGGCACUAUUUUUGUCCAUUUAUUAAUGUUGCUAGAUUUUCCAUUAAUAAUUUGUCUGCUAAUAUUGCUAGAAAUCCACAGGACAGCAAAUAUGUCUAUUAACCAAACAAGUGAA